AAUAACUGUGAACGCACUGUACACAAUUGACAAAUGACAAAUCAUCAAUACCGAAUAGGUACUUCUUGAAUGCACAAAAUACAAAUGCAAAAUUGAAAAUAGUAAAUAAAAAUCUGUAAUUUUAACGCUUAGCUUGAAUUAUAUGACUGUAGAUUUCGUUUAGUGCUAGUUUUUUUCUAAAACAAUUUUUGUUUCAUUCAUAAAACAUCUAGUUUAUAUUGAACAUUUUGUGUGAAGAAACGAUAAUAGUUUUCAGUGUAAAGAAAAAUAUUAAAUACUUACAAACGAUGUCAGAUUCAGAUGCAGUAUAUGGAUCAUCAUUAACUAUAGAUUCUAUGAAAGUGAUUGCUGAGAGUGUUGGUAUAGCAAAUCUCGGAGAUGAUGCCGCGAAAGAAUUAGCUGAUGAUAUUACAUUCAGGCUUAAAAUAAUUGUACAAGAUGCAAUGAAGUUCAUGCAACAUUCGAAGCGUCAGAAAUUGUCGAUUACUGAUAUAGACCACUCUCUCAAACUAAAAAACAUAGAGUGUCAAUAUGGAUUUGUUCAACCUGACAGUGUGCCGUUCCGAUUUGCAUCAGGAGGUGGCCGAGAGCUUCAUUUCAUUGAAGAAAAAGAAAUAGAUUUAUCAGAAAUAUUAUCAGCGCCUCCUCCUAAAGUUCCACUUGAUGUAUCAUUGAGGGCUCAUUGGCUGAGUGUUGAUGGUGUCCAACCAACUGUACCUGAAAAUCCACCACCACUUUCAAAAGAAGCACAGAAACUUGAAUCUGUUGAUCCAAUUACAAAACUGAGCAAACCAGCCAAUAAAGAUUCUGCUGGGAAACCAAUGUGUGGCAAAGCUGCAAGGCUGAAAGCCUCUGAAUCUGUAAAUGUGAAGCAACUUGCAACUCAUGAGUUAAGUGUAGAACAGCAACUAUACUAUAAGGAGAUUACUGAAGCAUGUGUUGGCAGUGACGAAGGAAGAAGAGCGGAAGCUUUGCAGUCUCUGGCUUGUGAUCCCGGUUUACAUGAGAUGUUGCCACGGAUGUGCACUUUCAUUUCGGAAGGUGUGAAAGUUAAUGUGGUGCAAAAUAAUCUAGCACUAUUAAUAUAUUUAAUGAGAAUGGUUAAAGCUUUAUUAGACAAUCAGUCUUUGUUUCUGGAAAAGUAUUUACAUGAGCUUAUACCAUCGGUGUCAACAUGUAUUGUAUCUCGUCAGUUGUGUAUGAGACCGGAGGUUGACAACCACUGGGCUCUAAGAGAUUUCGCAGCUCGACUUAUGGCCCAAAUAUGUAAAACAUUUAACACGUCUACAAAUAAUUUACAAACUAGAGUGACAAGAUUGUUCUCAAGAGCCCUGCAGUGUCCGUCUCAAACGAACAGUGAGUCUGGGCCUUCAAUGGUUACAUCUAUGAAGGAGUCGGAGAAAACACCUCUAGCAUCUCUGUAUGGUGCAGUGCAGGGCUUAGCUGAGCUCGGGCCUGAAGUAGUUAAGGUAUUUAUAUUGCCUCGUGUACGCUGGUUGGGUGAGCGUGUUGAAGGCGCGCUGAGUGGUAUAGGUGGUGCGGACCGUCUGGCGGCCGGAAACCUAAAGCAUCAACUCCUGAAGGUGCUGGCACCUGUCGUCCGACUCCUGAGGCAGCCACCCGACCUGCCGGAUGAAUACAAACGCGAUUACGGGUACCUCGGGCCCAGCUUGCAGCAGAUGGUGAGCAAGUUGCGGACGUCACCGUCGGCGAGCGGCGGCGGCGGCGCGGUGGCGGUGGUGACCUGCACUCCGCCGCUUGUGCCCACCACUCCCUCGCACUCGCUGCUGUCUCCACACACCAGCAUCACUAAGACCGUCGAUUCUCUGCCGGUCCGCAACGUGAUUAGUUCUUCAAGUUCGCUGCAGUCGUCGGCUACGUCUGCGCCUCCGCCGCAGAAGUUCGUCAUAGUCUCCCAACAGAAGCCGCAACAGUGCCAGCCAGUAAGCGCCGCCGGUCACAUUGUGGUGCACAGUUCCCAGCCUACCAUCGUACGAAGUCAACAGUCGGUGGUGGUGACCAGCGGACCAGGAGCGCAGCAGCCCCAGAAAGUGGUGGUGGUGGGGAUGACGCCGCAGCACCAGCCCACCACGACGAUGGGGGCCGUGAGUCAGGCUCCAGUUUCGGUGGUCGCCAAGCCAGUAUUCGCACGCAGUUCUGGAGCGCCGCAGCCUCCGCCAGAAUUAGAUGACCUCUCACAUCUCGCAUGACAGUCCCGCGUGAUAAGUAUCAUUAAAAAAGUCAAAAAUCUCAAGCGGUAGUUGUUUAUACAUUGUAUGACGAAGCUUUCCAAAGUAAUAUAAUUUAGUAUUUAAGUUAGUUUAGUUUUAUAGUGAAUUUUAUUGUAUAGAAGAAACAAUAUUAGACAGUGGCCCAAUAUCAUUUGCCCAUGUUUUUUACCUGAAGCGUUUACACCGGGGCCGAUAAAUGCGUGAUAGUUUAAUAUUGUAAUUGAGAGAAGGUAGUAAUAAUUAAUAAGUUGAUUCAGUGCUCUAAGAGAACUAAUUUUGACGUAUAAUACAAAUGGCUGCAAAGGAACUUACACCGUUAUUUAUACUUCAAGAAUCAACGUAAUAAAGUACACAUUUUGAUUUUGUAAAUAGUUUCCCACCAUCUAUCGAUGUUUGCUGAGGUUGUCAUCACUAGUUUUAGUACCGCUGACUCUCGCUAUGGCCAACAGCGCCAAAAUGGCGAAUAUCAAACAGGCACAAAAGUACUUUGACAGCCGCCAGUCGGGUAUAUAUUAGAGGUCAGUGAUUUAAAUAUUUUACGGGCUGUACAAGAACAUGAAACAUUAUAAUUACAAUUCAUUUGAAAUAACAAUUAAUAUACAAUCAAAUUAUUUAUUAAUAGUAUUUGUAUUUACAUAUAUUUCGAUGUACUUGAUUUUUAACAUUACUUCAUUAUCAGUUAUUAUUAACACAAUGAUUCUACAACUAAACAAUUCAAAUUGAAAUCAAACGUAAACACAUUGAACUUUUCACUAAAACCAUUCAAUUUCACUUAUAAGAUAAACACAGCACUAAACUUGCACAAUACGUCAGAUGUAUAGCUACAGAUAUACUGCUAUAAGCAUUUCGAUGACGCGAUCUUAUGAGAUUUCAGUCAUCCAAAAAGUGUCUAACUAUUUAUGUUAAUAUAUAUUUUUUAAUUAUUUGUUUAUCGCGUGCGCCAGGCAUUAGCGUACCAAGAAGUAACCAAUGCGGCUGAAAACUCAAAGAUCAAGAGAGAGGAAUGGAUGGUAUGAAUUAGAGCUUUUUUUUUUAAAUAUAUUGAUCUAGCGUUGUAAUCUUAGAGAAAACAAUUGAGAAUGUUUAUAUGGGACAAGGAACUUCUUCGUGUUUCUGUGCAUACAGUGUCACCAACUUAUCUGUGAACUGAUGAGUGUCGCCAUCGUCGUUUCAGUGUUGCUAAUUAAUGCCAAUGUGCACAAAAGCUUUCGUCAUAUUUAACGCUUAAAAUUCAGAAGUAUCCCAAUAAAACACACGUAAAACUCGAAAGUAGUAGACACUGACAGUCGAAUGACAAUUUCAACAUGGCGACCGUAGUUCCUAUUUUUGCAACUUCACAGAUAAGUUGGUAUCACUAUACAUACCUACAUAAUAUGAACGUUACUGUUUUAGUGCCUUUUAUUAAUGAUAGAACACAUGUUUUUAAGUUGUAACAACAUUAAUGGUCACUCGAUAUAUAAUAGUACUAUAUUUUAUGCUUAGACAAUAUAUACGUCUGGACAACCGAUGAAAAAAAGCCAGUUUUAUUACUUUAGUGUGUGUGAUAAGCUACGUCUUUCACUCGUGACUCGUAUGUCAAUUCGUGUUAGUGUGCGUGCAGGGCACUAAAUAGAAGCUAACUGUCAAACUCAUUUUUCUUCGACGUUUUCACAGCUGUCACAGUCUAUCUAAGCCAGGGUUUCUCAAACGGUAGUGCUUUUUGAGACAAUCUCGAGAAAAAUAUCCGAUUCCUGUUAUAGAACUAACUAUUCACAGGUUUUGUUUUAGGUAACUAAAAUCUUAACAAUCUUGUGAAAAGUAUGCUCAGGACAUGCAGAUUCAACGUACAAAGGCACUCUUUAAUUAGCUUUAGAACUUUAGACACUAGAAAGCGUUUGUUUUGUGAGAACCUAUAAAGUCGCAAUUUUGAAUAAUUAUUAGUUUUUUCAUUGACAUUUUAGAGCAGACCUACACUUACCUUGACUAAAAAAGUGAUCAUCAUUACACAUACUUGAAGUCUCUCAGAGUCGAUCGAUCAUAGUCUAGCAAUUUUGAGGUAGAUCGCCAGCAGUUCAAGCUUGAGCACCCCAGAUCUAGACGUAUAAAAAGGAUCUUAGAUUUUAUGGCUAUAUAUAUACAUGCUAAAAUCUUUCUUAGUGAUAUCGAAAAGUAAUUGUUUUAUAUAAAUGGAGUGUUUGUCACACAGCGCGUGAGUGUGAGCGAGCACGCGGCAUUGGUAAUACCGCUCUCGCCCUUAUAUCUAAAAAUAUAAGAUGGAAUUGUUAUGUUAUAAUAUAUCUAUUAUUAUAUGUAUAAUAGUUAUUUAUGCAACUUUUGUGUUAUUACAAUAAGGGGUAUUAAAACACGAAUAUGGGCUUAUCAUUUAGAUGGUGAUAUGUAUAGAGUGUUCCACCUCACAUGAGUGUUUAAAUACCUAAUUAUCAACAAAUGUAUACAAGACUUUAUCUACACCCAUAAUAUGAAUCCUCUAUAAAAGAUUCUGUAACUUUAAAAAAGCCAGUCCUAGUAACCAUAAUAUCAUCCAAAGGAGUGUUAUUAUGAAAACGGAUGGUAUAAUGUUGUACUGAAUUUCAUUACAACACUCGUUUGGAUGAUUUAAUGGUUGGCAUUUAAACAUUGGGUGUUUUAAUAUUAGCAAUAAGCUAACUGUGUUAGAAACUUUAAUAGAGCAUUUAAAGCAUGAGUGUAAAUAAAGAAAAAUUAUUUAAUUUAGCGCCGACUUCGUAAUAUUUGUAAUUUUAUACUUAAUAAUAAUGCGGAAUGGUCAUAUCGUUUUAAGUAUCGUAAAUGAAAAAUUACUUAUUAUUAAAUAUUCAUAAAUUUCCACGUCUCUAUUUAAUAAGCUUGAGAUUUUAAUAGUUCUGGCAAAGUUUUAGCGAGAAAAAUCGAGUUUUUCUAAGAAAUAUAUCAUUAAUAUUUCGCCCAAUGUGCCUCAAAGCUUAUAUAAUGUAACACCAAAAUAUGAAGCUAUAAGACUGAGUGCUUGAUUAGUUUUAUGCACUACCCGGUUAAAUUAUCUCUGGACCUAACGUCGAUGACGUCACAUCGUAUCUUUGGUACGGUGUGCAAAACAAGCAUAACUAUUAUUUUUAUUGAUUAUUUCUGUAGUAUAGAUUGAUUAUUAUAGAUUGAGGUGUUGUGAUGCCGAUUAUUAUGAUGACGUAAAUUCAAUAAAAUAAUCUAGGCUAUGUACAAAGAGUAUAUAUUUUCUGACAGAACUAUUAUAGCGACACAGAACAACAAAAACUACAGAACUAUUAACAACAAAAGUCAAAACGUAACAAUGAAAACUUCAAAAAGCAGUGAUAGCACAUGUACCUAACGGUAAUGAAUCUGCAAACCGUACUGACACAACAGGACGAGUGCGAGGGGGUGAAAGGGGAAAGGGAGGAGCUUCACGUUCCAGUUAAGGCCAGAGAUAAUGUCGCCGUGUAGUAAUUAUUGAAAUUUUUACUAGUUGCAUUUAAUCGUAAUGUUUUGUAUAUAUAAUUUAGAUAUAUGGAGACUAUUUUUAUAACUCUGGACCAGAAUCAGGAAGUUGUAGAUAUUUAAAAGCACAUCCGAAGGAUUUGUUAUCCCUUUUAUACAGCUUUUAACGUUUAGCGAUAGCAAUAGGUUUAAAAAUGGAUCAAAUAAGGUAGCAGGUACAUAAUAUGGAUCAAAGAAGGUACAUAUGAUUGAAAAUGCAAUUAUUUUUUCAAUUGGUACCUAUAUUAAAUUUGUAACCAAAAUUUAUGAAAUAUGCGGGACGCGCUCCCGUGACCUCUCGGGUUCCGUCCGAGCGCUCUUCCACUGAGCCAACCGUUCGAGUGACGUUUGGUUCAUAAAUCUGGUAUGGAUUGUUCAACUCUCAGCUUGUGGCUCCAUCUACAGGAUCUAAUUUACAGUAGAUAACCAUCUCAACCCAAAUAAUUGCAUAUUAGGAAAUUGGCUUGAAAUGUCGCUCUUUCAGAUCUAAACAUCGAACCCAAUAGGUCGCGGUUUCAAGUCCCGCAUCGUUCAUAAAUUUUGGAUACAAAUUUAAUUUAAUUAAUCCCAGAAGUGAGGCUUUUAGACUAUUUAAAAUUAUCUAAUGACUUUGUAAAGCGCUUUAAACUGUAUCACAUUCGGGCUGUGCUUUCGUUACUUGGUUGUUUCGUACGUUCAAGAUGUGAUUUGAUAGCCAAGUAAAAGAGUCUCCAUGUUUUAAAUUUUUGUAAUUUAUUUAAUAUGAAUAAGCAAUAAUUAUUAGAUUUUUUAAAGUAGGUAAGGGAAAUCAAUAAAUUCGAUUUAUGUGAA